AUGGGGCGCGGGGCGGGCGGGGGGCGGCGAGGGGCCGUGGCGCUGCUGUGGGUGGCGGCCGUGCUGUGCCAGCUGGGCAGCGGCAGCGUCCUGCGCCGCCGGCUGCACUCGGCCGGGGUCCCGCAGCGGCGGCUGAGCGGCGGCGAGCGGCGGGACGUGCAGCGGGAGAUCCUGGCCGUGCUGGGGCUGCCCGGCCGGCCCCGGCCCCGCGGCCCCGCCCGCGCCCCCGCCGCCGCUGCCCCGCUCUUCAUGCUCGAUCUGUACCACGCCGUGGCCGGGGAGGAGGAGGAGGGUGAGGACGGUGAGGAAGCGGCGGUGUCGCGCCCGGUGCUCACCGGGCUCAGCACGCAGAGCCCCCCGCCCGGCAGCGUCGUGAGCAGAGCGGACACCGUGGUCAGCCUGGUGAAUAUGGUGGAGCAGGACCGGGACCUGCAGUGGCCCGAGCCCUACUGGAAGGAGUUCCGGCUGGACCUGGCGCAGCUGCCGGCGGGGGAAGCCGUGACCGCCGCCGAGUUCCGCAUCCACAAGGGCCGGGGCAGCCACGGCAACGGCAGCGGCAGCCACGGCAACGGCAGCCAUGGCAACGGCAGCCACGGCAACGGCAGCGGCAGCCAUGGCAACGGCAACCUGCGCAUCAGCGUGUACGAGGUGUCCGCGGGGCAGCCCGGCAGGGAAUCCGAGCUGCUCCUGCUGGAUGUGCAGGACCUGCGUGCCGGGGCGGAGGGCUGGCUGGUGUUUGAUGUCACAGCCUCCAGCAGCCGCUGGUCAGCGGGUCAGAAGCACAGCCUGGGGCUCCGGCUCUAUGUGGAGACCGAGGAUGGGCAGAGCGUGGAUCCGGGCUCAGCCGGGCUCCUGGGGCGCAGGGGACCCCGCUCCAAGCAGCCCUUCAUGGUGACAUUUUUCCGAGCCAGCCCCAGCCCCGCCCGUGUCACACGAGCAGCAAAACCCCCCAGGAGGAGACAACCCAAGAAAUCAAACGACCUCCCCCACCCAAACAAGCUCCCAGGAAUUUUUGGUGAUGUGCACCCCAGGGAGGGCAGGCAGGUCUGCCGGCGCCACGAGCUCUACGUCAGCUUCCAGGACCUGGGCUGGCUGGACUGGGUGAUUGCCCCUCAGGGAUACUCAGCCUAUUACUGCGACGGGGAGUGCGCGUUCCCCCUGGACUCCUGCAUGAACGCCACCAACCACGCCAUCCUGCAGUCCCUGGUCCACCUGAUGAAGCCUGAGGCCGUGCCCAAGGCGUGCUGUGCCCCCACCAAGCUCAGUGCCACCUCUGUCCUCUACUACGACAGCAACAACAACGUCAUCCUCAAGAAGCACCGCAACAUGGUGGUGAAAUCCUGCGGCUGCCACUGACAGACAGCUCCCAGCCCCACCCCUGGAUGUCCCAGCCCCACCCCUGAGUGUCCCAUUCCCACCCUGGAUAUCCCAUUUCCAUCCCUGAAUAUCCCAUUUCCUUCCCUGAGUUCUAAUCCUCAUCCCUGGGUAUCCCAUUCCCAUUCCUGGAUAUCCCAUCCUCACCCCUGAGUGUCCAGUCCUCACCCCUGGAUAUCCCAUCUUUAUCCCUGGAUGUCCCAGUCCCACCCCUGAGUGUCCCAUCCCCACCCCUGGGUAUCCCAUUCCCACCCCUGGAUAUCCCAACCCCACCCCUGGGUGUCCCAUCCCCACCCCUGGGUGUCCCAUUCCCACCCUGGAUAUCCCAUUCUCAUCCCUGGAUGUCCCAGUCCCACCCCUGAGUGUCCCAUUCCCACCCUGGAUAUCCCAUCCAUCCUCAUCCCUGGAUAUCCCAUUCCCUUCCCUGAGUGUUCAGUCCUCAUCCUUGGAUGUCCUAUUCCCAUCCCUGGAUAUCCCAAUUCCACCCCUGAGUGUCCCAGUUCCACCCCUGGAUAUCCCAUCCUCAUCCCUGAGUGUCCCAUUCCCCUCCUGGAUAUCCCAUCCUCAUACCUGGGUAUCCCAUUCCCAUUCCUGGAUAUUUCAUUUCCAUCCCUGGAUAUCCCAUCUUCAUCCCUGGAUAUCCCAUUUCCUUCCCUGAGUGUCCAGUCCUCAUCCCUGGAUAUCCCAUCCUCACCCCUGGAUGUCCCAGUCCCACCCCUGAGUGUCCCAUUCCCACCCCUGGAUAUCCCAUUUCCUUCCCUGAGUGUCCCAUUCCCACUCCUGGAUAUCCCAUCCUCAUCCCUGAAUAUCCCAUUCCCACCCCUGGAUAUCCCAUUUCCACCCCUGGAUAUCCCAUCCUCAUCCCUGGAUAUUCCAUUCCCAUCCCUGAGUGUCCCAUUCCCACCCUGGAUGUCCCAUCCUCAUCUCUGAAUGUCCCAUUCCCAUCCCUCAGUGUCCAAUCCUCAUCCCUGGAUAUCCCAUUCCCACCCCUGAAUAUCCCAUUUCCUUCCUUGAAUAUCCCAUUCCCACCCCUGAGUGUCCAAUCCUCAUCCCUGGAUGUCCCAUUUCCACCCCUGGAUAUCCCAUUUCCUUCCCUAAGUGUCCCAUUCCCAUUCCUAAAUAUCCCAUCCUCAUCCCUGGAUAUUCCAUUUCCAUCCCUGAUUGUCCCAUUCCCACCCCUGGAUGUCCCAUUUCCUUCCCUGAGUGUCCCAUUCCCACUCCUGGAUAUCCCAUCCUCAUCCCUGAAUAUCCCAUUCCCACUCCUGGAUGUCCCAUUUCCACCCCUGGAUAUCCCAUUUCCACCCCUGAAUAUCCCAUUCCCAUCCCUGGAUAUCCUAUUUCCUUCCCUAAGUGUCCCAUUCCCAUUCCUCAAUAUCCCAUCCUCAUCCCUGGAUAUCCCAUUCCCACCCCUGAAUAUCCCAUUUCCACCCCUGGAUAUCCCAUUUCCACCCCUGGAUAUCCCAUUUCCUUCCCUAAGUGUCCCAUUCCCAUUCCUCAAUAUCCCAUCCUCAUCCCUGGAUAUUCCAUUUCCAUCCCUGACUGUCCCAUUCCCACCCCUGGAUGUCCCAUUUCCAUCCCUGAAUAUCCCAUUUCCUUCUCUGAGUGUCUCAUUCCCACCCCUGGAUAUCCCAUCCUCAUCUCUGGAUAUCCCAUUCCCAGCCCUGGAUAUUCCAUUCCCAUCCCUGGAUAUUUCAUUUCCACCCCUGAAUAUCCCAUUUCCUUCUCUGAGUGUCCCAUUCCCAUCCCUGGAUGUCCCAUCCCCAUCCCUGGAUAUCCCAUUCCCAUCCCUGAGUGUCCCAGUCCCACCCCUGAGUGUCCAAUCCUCAUCCCUGGAUAUCCCAUACUCAUCCCUAGACCCCCCAUUUCCAUCCCUGGAUAUCCAAUCCUCACCCCUGGAUAUCCAAUUUCCAUCCCUGAAUAUCCCAUUUCCUUCUCUGAGUGUCCCAUUCCCAUUCCUAGAUAUCCCAUCCUCAUCCCUGGAUAUCCCAUCCCCACCCCUGAAUAUCCCAUUCCCACCCCUGGAUAUCCCAUUCCCAUUCCUGACUGUCCCAUCCCCACCCCUGGGUGUCCCAUUUCCAUCCCUGAAUAUCCCAUUUCCUUCUCUGAGUGUCCCAUUCCCAUUCCUAGAUAUCCCAUCCCCACCCCUGGAUAUCCCAAUCCCACCCCUGGAUAUCCCAUUUCCACCCCUGGAUAUCCCAUUCCCAUUCCUGAAUAUCCCAUUCCCACCCCUGACUGUCCCAUCCCCACCCCUGGAUAUCCCAUUCCCACCCCUGGAUAUCCCAUCCCCACCCCUGGAUAUCCCAUCCCCACCCCUGGAUAUCCCAUCCUCAUCCCUGGAUAUCCCAUUCCCACCCCUGGAUAUCCCAUCCCCACCCCUGGAUAUCCCAUUAGCACCCCUGGAUAUCCCAUCCCCACCCCUGGGUGUCCCAUUUCCACCCCUGGGUGUCCCAUUUCCACCCCUGGGUGUCCCCUCUCACACCAGUGUGACCCUGGAUUUCUGCUGCAAACAUGCAAGAGGAGCUUCGUGGGCAGCAUCACAGCAAAACCCGUUCACAACAAAAAUAAAAACCAAAAUUAAGCCCCUCCCACCCCUUUCUAGAUGUAAAUAAUAUAAAAUCCCUUUCUCUCACCCUGCUUGAUGAGACACAUAGAUAUAUACAAACAUAUAUAUAUAUAGGAAAGAGAGGAUUUUUGGCUGAUUCUGUUUUGUCUGUGACUGAUUUGUUUUUUUGGGGGGAAGGCAACAUCCAGGUUGCUCUGGGACUGAGCUUUUUCUAGCUGUGCAUUUCUCCACUAACCCAGUGCUUUUAAUUCCCUUAAUGAAAACAUCAUCAGCCAAUUAAGCAGCUGGCUGACCAACCCCCUCCUGUUUACCCAAAGUUCACCAGAGUUGGAAAAAAAAUAAAAUAUCCAUAUUGAGCUACAGCACUGUUAUAAAAUAAACACAAAGUUUGGAAAGU